AUGACGGCCCCAUGGCCAUUCGCACAAUGGGGAUUAGACAUUAUGAGACCAUUCCCUACAGCCGCACGACAGCUGAAGUUCCUGGUGGUGGGCAGUGACUAUUUCACGAAAUGGGUGGAAGCUGAAGCUUUGGCCACAAUUAUAGAGAAGAACGUGCGAAGCUUUGUCUGGAGAUGCAUCAUAUGCAGGACGACGGCAAGAACACCCACAAGAAAGACACCGUUCCAACUGACGUACGGAGGCGAAGCAGUCAUCCCGGCCGAAGUUGGGCUCACAAGCUACAGGGUGCACAACCAUGAUGAGAACAAAAACGACGAGGCUAUGCGACUACAGCUCGACCUAGUGGACGAGAUCAGAGUAGCAGCAGAACAAAGGCUCGCUAGGUACCAGGACCGCAUGGCCAAACACUACAACUCUCGGGUCCGAUAUAGAGACUUCCAAGUUAGAGACCUUGUUCUUAGAAAGAGGAAAGGCACUUACCACCUGGAGACGUUGGAAGGACAGAAACUGCCACACCCAUGGAACACCGAGCACCUACGAAAGUAUUACCAGUAG